AUGUCAUCGAAUCUGCCAGCCCUGGCUCCCAAGCAACCGGGCUGCCCACAACUUAUGUAUAACAAGACCCUUAGCAAGGAGCACUCUCAAGAGGAGUGGGAGGCUGUGCGCCAGGUUAUCGCGGUUGUAUACAUCGAAAAAAACCGAACUCUCGAAGAAACAAUGGCUAUCCUGCAUAACGUGUUUCGGUUCGCAACAUCAGGACCCUACGCCAAGCUUGAGCAAGUUCUCUACAGUGUCUCCAAUUGGAGUAGGUCGAAGCUAGAGUUCUCAACCAGCAUCCCUGAUCCCAUGUUCGUCUACCUGGCAAAUCUAGAUUCACCCCCUUCUCAGGACAGUCGCACAAUGUAUCGGAUUUUCGAACUUUCUUUCGACCUCUGGUAUCACGGCAAAGGAGAUCUUGCGGGAAGGGCCAUACGACGAGGGUUCUAUCUGCUUGAAUUUGUUCUUCAUGAGGAACACCCCGACAUGUUAUGGCACAUACUAGACACGAUCUAUGACAUGGCUUGGAAGGGGUAUCUUGAUCUCAUGGGCAUGUUCCUCAAACAUGCUACUGCUUUUGCAAAACAAAAGCUUGCCGAUUUACAUCCUCUCCGCCUCAUCCUCCAAGAAUUGACGACUCGCGAUAGCUGUAACGAACGGGGUUUCUUUUGCGAUCUACUACGCCAAGCCUGGCUCCGAAACGUUGACCUUCUAGGCAAACACAUCGAAACUUCAGAGGCGCAUCAACUUUGGCCUUACGAGCAGCUAAUAUGGGAUGGAAGUAUACCACUACGCACGGGAAGCGAUUUGAUAAAACAAGAGAAAGCCAUCUAUCAAGCCCUAGAAAGAAUGGAUCCAGCGCAGUCGCGAACCUCAAACACCAUCGACACGGAUAGGCUACGAGUCAAAGCUUUGCGAUUAGAGUUUACACAAACGUAUGUCGGCGAUCGAGGCAAAGCUGAAGAGCUCGCGAACGACUUACUGGAAAUCGAAUCCGUCACAGGACCCAGGUUAACCGACCGAUUUCACGCACACGCAUACAAGAUGCUAGCUCGACUGCAAGAGGAGAAGAAAGAUUGGGACAUGGCCGAGCAAAAUCUGCAAUGUGCCAUCUCUAAGAGAGAGUCAGCGCAUGCUAGCGAGAGUAACCUGCGCGUGAUUGCCGACAUGUGGGUGCUGGCGGCCCAUUACCAAAGGGCUGGACGAGAACCUGAAGCCAAGAACAUCGUGGAUCGCGCGCUGGAGAGAGCCAGUGAAUGUGUGACACAGAUGAUCACAUAA